AAGGAAGGAGGGAGUGUGAACUCAAGGCAGCAGAUCUAUAUUAUACCAAGCGGUGCUGCUGUCUCCAUGUGGAUUAGUGCCAGAAAGAGAAGUGUCAAUGAGAGCUGCUGCAGUUGUGACAUAGAAAUUAGAAACGUUAACUUUAUCAGGAGUGUACAUGCUGUUUGAAUGACAACCAGCAGGGCGGAAUCGGUUCCUCUUUGCUUUUGGCAUUAUUGCAAUUACGGCUCUUUCUGUUUUGUACAUGGCGACACUUAGUUCUCAGCGUGAUUCAACUCAUUGCCAAUGAGCGCAAGUCUCAGCUUGUGUGAAGUUAUCAUCAUCAGAAGCAGCAGCAGCGGAAGAAGAGUACCUUUUAAGGAACUGACACAGCCGAGAAAGUUGGAUUCUUGUUGCGAGGAGGAGAGCGUGCUUAUAUUUCUUUCUCCUGUUUGAUAGUUUACAUUUCUCACCAGAGGAAGUCAUGACUUCGGUGUGGAAAAGACUGCAGCGCGUCGGUAAAAAGGCUUCAAAGUUUCAGUUUGUUGCCUCUUACCAGGAACUCGUACUGGAGUGUACGAAGAAAUGGCAACCAGACAAGCUAAGGGUGGUGUGGACCAGGAGGAACAGACGCAUGUGCUCCAAGCUCCACAGUUGGCAGCCUGGAAUUAAGAACCCUUACAGAGGCAUGGUGGUGUGGCCCGUCCCGGAGAACAUCGACAUCUCUGUUACUCUCUUCAAGGAGGUCAAUGCUGAUGAGUUUGAGGACAAAGAGUGGACCUUUGUCAUUGAGGGUGAGAGCAAGGGGCAUCGUAAGGUUUUGGCCUCAGCAGACAUCAACCUAAAGCGGUUUGCCAGUCCAACGCCGACCCAGACCGACCUGACGUUGAAGCUGAAGCCGCUGUCGGUCAAAGUGGUGGAUGCCACGCUCAAGCUGUCGCUGUCAUGUGUCUUUGUUCGAGAGGGGAAAGCUACUGAUGAAGACAUGCAGAGUCUGGCCAGCCUGAUGAGUGUGAAGCCUGCGGAUAUCGGCAACCUGGACGACUUUAACGAGAGUGAUGAAGAUGAGGACAAGAAGUCUAUCACUGCUACAGUCGUCCCACACACACUCGUUCGCCCAAAUCGCCCUGCUCCCCCUCCACCUGGCAAACGAGACUCCGCUGGACUCUCUCUUGCAGCCUCAGCCUGUGGCCGUGAUGGCGGCCCUUCCUCUGCUGCCGUCCACUCCCGCCCUCCCCUACCUAAUGCUCCUCGCCCUUCUCCCCGCCGCAGCCGUCACUCCUUCCCCACAUUUCCUGUCCAGCCAGAGAUCCCUCCCUCCCCUGGUCCUUCCCCUCAGCCCUCACCCAGAUCCAAGCAUAACAAAUCCUCCAUCCCUAACUUCCCUGAGGCUUCUUCAUCUAUUCCACCACCUUAUCCUCCAAGCUCCCAGCCCACAGUGGCUACACCCUCCAUCCAGAGUGCCUCCCCUGUCCUGCCUCUACCAGAUGUUGCUCCUGCAAAACCUCCAUCCCCCAAAGCCUCCAAAGCACCUAUAAUUUCGUCAUCUUCCGGAAACAUUUCCUCUUCUAUUCAUCCUGCACCUAAAAGCACUGAAUCUCCUCCUACUUCACCUGCUGCCACAGUGGAGCUUUCUUUGCCCUCUGUUCCCCUUAAUUCUUCCUCAAAUACCCCCACUAAUGUGCCUUUUAAGCCACCAGGUGCCUCCGAAACAGACAUUACCUCAUUAACUCCCAAACUUCACUCCCCUGUAGUAUCAUCACUCAAAAAUACCUUAACAUCAACCUCCACAGCUCCUCAUAAGUCUUCUGUCACUGUAUCCACUCUCACCCAUAAUACCAUCUCUACUGCAUCCCAGCUACUCCCCCCUAGUUCCUCCUCUCCAUCAAAUCCCACCCUGUCCUCUGAACCACCAUCCACUCACCUUCCUCUCACCCGGAGCCUCUCUCAGCCUCCUUCUCUGCCGAAAAUCUUCCAGUCAGGCUCAGGAAAAGUUCCUGUUUCACACCAACGGCGCCCCCCAGAGGUUCAAACUAAAGAGGAUCUUACUUCAGUUUCUGGCCAUGCUCUCAUUUUCAGACCUCAGCUGGUCAAGGCAGUCGAUCGCCCCACCUCUCCCUCUCCUUUUUCCGCUGAUGCCCCUCCUCUUGAAUCAACUCCUCAUCUCCCUAAAUCACACCCCUCUAUCUCAGAGUCCCCGAGAGGUGCUCAGGGGCCGUGGUUGUCAUCAGGAAGUGACAUCAGCACUGUCCCUCUGCAGUGUAGUCCCGACCUCGAUGCCCUCUGUGACCCUGAAGCUCCAGCCCUCACUGCCUCCCUUCCUCGCUCCUCACCCCCUCGCUCCUCUUCUCUUUCCACCUCUGUUUUAUUCUCCUCUCCUCACACUCAGCUCACUCUCCCUCCCAUUUCUCCCUCUGCUCCUCCUGCUCCCAUCAGCUCCUGUCAGUCAGGCUCACUGUUUCCCCUCACUAAAGUAGACGAGGAAACAACUUUGAGCAAAGACACGUGUUCUCCCCAAAACAACCGGACAGAGGCCAACUUCAGAGUAUCCAACCAACUUAUCAGACCAGCCCAGGAUUCAAAGGCGGCCAUCCCAGGAAAAAAAGCUGAACCAGCAAGGAUCAGUCCUGCCCACUCAGAGCUGAUAAUAGCCCCGCCCCCUCCGUGGCCCUUCUCCUGCUGUGAGAGCUCCACCCCUCUGCAGCCCUCCACCAAUGUUGUGGCGGCGUUUAUCACUCCUAUACAGCCGAAUGCUCAGGGGGAAAUUGAUUUGAAAAUUCCAACCAAUGAAACAAGUGUUAUUAUAAGCGCCUUUAAGGCUGAAAAGCCGCCACUGGCAAAGCCUGAGCCUGAGCCUGACUUUGAUGACAUCAUCUUUGAGUCAUUCAACCAGACACAUGAAUCAGGGGGUUUGUUUCUGGAAGAGGAUGACUCGAAGCGGGAUACUAUUAAAAGGUGUCCUCCUGGUCUUGAACAGAAAACAAAUGAAAAGGCCGGUGGAGAAAAGGAGAAGUUAGAGGAAGCAGCGACGGACAAGGAGUUGAAGAGGAAGGCAGAGCAGGAGAAGAAGCGGGAGAAAGAACAAGAGGAGGAAAGGAAGAGGAAAGAGGAAGAACAUAACAAUAUGCUCCAGAAGCAGGAAGAGAGGAGAAAAUAUGAGGAAGAGAAAAAGACACUGUUAGAGGAGGAGAAGAAGAUGCUCUUACAGGAGGAAGAGGAGGUCAAGAAGGAGAAGGAAAGAAAAAGGUGUGAGGGGGAGAGACUCCUGAAUGAGAGGAAAGAUAAACAGGAGAAGCAGAGGGAGGAAAAGAUGAAGCGGGAUGAAGAGGAGAGGAAGAAACGAGAGCAGCAAAGGAGACUUCUGGAAGUGGAGGAGGAGAAGGAAAAAGUGAGGAGGGAGGAAGAGAGGAGGCUCGAAAAAGAGAGAUUCUUGAGAAAAAUGAAAGAGGAGGAGGAGAAAAUUAUGGCAGAGAGGAGAGUGUUUGAGGAGCAAAGGAGGAGAAGGGAGCAAGAGAACAAGACGCUCCUGGAAGAGAAACAGAUAACAGAGAAACAAGAGAGGGAGCAGCAGAACAAAAAGAGGGAGAAUGAGGAGAAGAGGAAAGAGGAAGAGAAGAGGAAAGAGGUAGAGGAGAGGAAGAAGAGGGAGGAAGAAAUGGAGAGGAAGAAAAGGGAGGAGGAGGCGAGGCAAGUGGAAGAGAGAAAGAAAAAGGAGGAAGAAGUGGAGAGGAAGAAAAAGGAGGAAGAGCAGAGGAAAGAUGAAGAGAGACAGAACAAGGAGGCAGAAGAGGAGAGAAAGAAGAGGGAAGAUGAGGAGAAGACUAUCAAAGAGCAGAAAGAGAGGGAGGAGGAAAGAUUGAGGGAGGUGAAAGAGAAUGAGAGACUCGUAAAGAAGGAGAAGGAAAGGAUGGAGAGGAGGAAAAAAGCUGAGGAGAAAAGACGUGAAGAAGAGGAGGAGAGGAGGAAAGAGAGACUUUUGAAGGAGCAGAAGGAAAAGGAGACUGAGAUGAAGAAAAAGGAGGUGGAAAAGAAAAAGAGGGAAGAGGAGGAGAAAAGACAUAGAGAGGAGAAAGAGAAAGCGGAAAGGAGAAUUAAGGAGGAAGAAGAAAGGAAAAAGAAAGAAGUGGAACAUAAAAAGAAGCUACUGCAAGAAAAGGAAGAAAUUGAAAGGAAGAAGAAGAAAGCGGAGGAAGACAAAAGGAGGAAGGAGGCCAACAAGUCAGAUGAGGACAAGCAGAAGAUGAAGACCCUGGUUUCUCCAUCUCUGCCAGUUUCUCAGCUAAACACCAACCUCCUUCCUCCCAGUUUCACACACCUGCCCACAGCUCUUAAAGAUGUACCACAGACUCAACUUCCUGCUCCUCUCUUACCUCUUCCGGACAAAACCGGCGUUUCAUCUAAGCGUCUGCAAUCACAAACUCUCAGCGAAUCACAAGACAGAGAGAUGACCCUUCAAUCUGUCAAUAAACCAAGCUCCGCCUCCAAUGAGCGCUCACAAAAACAAGAUGCUGCUGAGGUGGACACCACAGUGAAGCAGGAGCCUCAGCCAAUCUCAACAAAAGCCUCAGAAACACCUCACAUUGGCCCAACUACAGCUGAACCCGGAGCACCACCAAUAAAAGAGGAGCCCAAAGAGCCAGAAGGACCCAGCGUGGAACCAGAACCAGAAACCUCACCCGAAGUUUCCCCUAAACCAGCCUUUGAGCGUACAGCUUUGGCGCUGGUGCCACUGCUUCCCUCAAAACCAGAACUGCGGCAGGAACAAGUCCUCCAGCGGUGAA